UUUGCAGUGCAGGUAUCGUUCUAGCAGCCAAUCAUUCGAAAAAAAACUCCAAAAGACGUUUGCAAGAUGGCUUGUAGCUCUUCGUGGUCAAAUUCAAUGGAUAAACUUCGGUGUUCCUAUCACCCGGAAGCGAAUUUAAUUGACGAUUACCAUACCGGCGAUAUGAUUUGUUCCGAAUGUGGACUUGUGGUGGGUGAUCGGAUUAUCGAUCCUUCGAACGAAUGGCGCAGGUUUAGCGAUGAAAAGAGUAAAACGGAUAUGUGCCGUGUUGGUAGUAUGGAUCCGUUCAUGCAAGAUAUGGAUCUGUCUACGAUUAAGCAAAGCCUACCAGGUACGCAUCGUGGUGCUAGUGCACCGACAAACAAUGAUUUGAUUACUAGCUUUCCUUGUCACUUUCUAGGUCAGACUUCAUACGACCGUACGACUCCAUUCUUCAAAAUGGACACCAACACGCGCAAAUUAAUGUUCGGUUUCGCCGAGAUAUCUACAAUGGCGGAUCGAAUCAAUGCACCGACAUCGAUUCUUAACCAUGCGAAAAACAUUUUCAAGCGAGUGCAGGAAUCCAACAAGCUGAAAAACCGCUCGGUAGACGCCAAAGCAACGGCCUGCUUGUACAUUGCCUGCCGUCAGGAAGGUGUACCACGUACCUUCAAGGAAUUGUGUGCGGUAAGCUCGGUGAGCAAAAAAGAAAUUGGCCGUUGCUUUAAACUCAUCGUCAACGAUCUUGCCAGCUCGCUCGAUCACAUCACAUCGGAAGAUUUUAUGUCACGCUUCUGCUCGAACCUCCGUCUUCCACUAGCGGUACAAAAAUCGGCAACUGAAAUUGCACAAACCGCUUUUCAACUGGACCUCGUCUCCGGUUUGUCGCCGAUUUCUGUUGCAGCUGCUGCCAUCUAUAUGGCAUCGCAGGUAUCGGAAACCGUGAUAAGUGGCAAAGAGAUUGCAGAAAUUGCUGGUGUAGCUGAUAUUACUAUACGGAAGGCCUACAGGCUGAUGUUACCGUUCGCCGAAGAACUGUUUCCGAAGAAUUCAAUCUUCUAUAGGAACAUUAGUUUGCUGCCCACAUUGUAAGAGAUUAGCGCCAGUGUUCGAUUUAAUAUUACUUCCUUCAACUCGAUUUCCUU